CUUUUACUUACAGUGCAAUAUAUCAAGAGAAAAUGUUCAUAUGUAUUGACAUGUAGUAUACUUCAUUUCGAACUAUUGUGUUUUAACUUAAUUAAUUUUUGUUUCCAUAGACGCUGAUAUAUCAUACAUAAAUCACUCACAAGGAAAACAACCAUGAAGUCAAACCGAGUCGCUCCUGCCAAGCAAGUCGUGACCGCCCAACCUGGCCGGAAAGCCGUGAAUACACAACAAUAUGCAGGGCAAUCCGGACAACAAGCUAUGUAUAGAGGUAUUACGGCCAAUGCUCAGUCUCCCAAGGCGGUAAGGAUGCCAAAACCAGCAACAGGAGCACCAAAUUGUCCCCCGGGACUAGCAUAUCUAGCCGGGAUAGACCAAAUUCUCAUCAAACAAAGAAUUGAACUUAUAGAAUUGAUAUCGAACUUUGAAGGGUUGAAUAGUUAUAGACUUCUUAAUUCUGUGGGCCAACAAAUUUAUUUUGCGGCAGAGGAGUCAGAGGACUGUAUGAGACAGUGUUGUCGACAAAACAGAUCAUUUACUAUGCAUAUAACCGACAACUUGGACCACGAGGUUAUCAGGCUACAGCGCGAGUUCCGGUGUUGGCAAGAAUCGAACUGGUGUGCCUUCUCAGACAGUUGUGCCCACAAAAUUGCCGUCGAGGCUCCCGUGGGCACUGUCAUCGGUUACGUGCAGCAAAGACAAAGUUUCAAGACUCCGAAGUAUAAGAUAAUGGACGCAGACGAAAAGGACAUUUUCUUCAUAGAAGGUCCAUGUUGCGUCUGCGAAUGCUGCCGUGAUGAAGUCAAUUUUAAAUCAGUAGCUAUAGAUAAUUUGUUACGAACCGUUUAUUGA